AUGGGCUAUUCAUUGAAGCCAACCCUUGACAGGGAUCUCGUGACCCAAUGUCAAUACUUGAGCGCUGAAAAUUGGAAAAAUGCCUUGAAAGAUGAUGAUGACUACAUACUGAGGGAGGUGGUGGCCUACAACACCAGAUUGUUCAAUGGAUUUAGGAAAAUAGACCAAUGGAACAGAGACUCUUUGAACGGAAUCACAUUUUGGGUCUUACAAGAUGAGAAUGGGACAAUUGCUUCGUCCUGUGAAACUUUGGUAAGACCCUCUUAUGUAAUCCGAGGAAAGGGUAAUGGGGAGAGUAAAGUCAUAGAGAGCGUAUCUCCCUGCUUUGCUUCUGUUUAUACUCCCCCUGCUUUCAGAGGAAAGGGUCAGGCGACCAGGAUGCUGAAAGGGGUCGUUGAACGACUGGAAGAAGUCUAUAAAGCUGAUCCUGAUGUGUUUAUCGCUCUGUACUCAGAGAUUGGCCGAUUCUAUGAAAAAUUGGGAUUUACCUUCUUUGAUGUGGACAUUCUGAAAAUUCAUGCUGGGGUUCAGGAUCAAAUCGUUGUCGACCAAGAAGAAAAAUAUUCAGUGGUUAAAAUCACAAAAAGUGAAGAAUGUGGUGAAAUUGUAUCUCACUACGAUUCGUUGGUCCUAGAUGACGCAAGAGAGAGAUGUUCAAAAGACCAAAUUACCAGAAUACUUUAUAAACCAACUGUAGAUAUCCUCGAAUGGAUGUUUACCAGGGCAGCUUUCAUUGGUUGCAAAGCCAACAGUGAAGAAAUUGAAUAUCAAUUCGGAGUAAAAAUUCUUGAAAAUGACAAAACUGUUGGGUAUGUAACUUGGACAUAUGAUCAUUUGGAAAAGUCUGUGGAUAUUCUAUUCAUUCACUUUAACGAUAUUAAUAUUUUCAAACUGUUGAUUAAGAAGGUUUUGCUAGUUCUUGAGGUCUUGCAUUAUGAUCAUGUAAGUAUCUGGGAGUCUCAAUUAUUUGACCACAAGUACCCAGUUUCAGCAGAGCACCUCGAGAAUCUGCUCAAGUCAAUUAGAGCUGAAAGAGGACUUAAAAACCCAUCUUUAAGUGCUGCUAAAUUUUUUAAAGGGGAAGAAUUCAUUUGGGAAGAGAACACCAAAUGGCCUUGGUUUUAA